UAUUCUUAUCUUCUCUCCUUUCUCCUUCUAUAUAUACACUCCAAAAACAAACAGCUGAUCUCCAACCCAAAUCUCUCACAUAUUCUCUUUUAAGUACAAGCACAUUUUAUCUCAAUCAAAUUCAGAGAUGGGAAUCCGUUUUCCUUCGGUCCUCCUCAGUGCCAAGCAGAUUCUCAAGAUGAAAUCUGUUUCUAUAAGAUGUCAGUCUGAUGUUCCCAAAGGCCACAUUCCGGUGUAUGUUGGAGAAAACCAGAGAAAGCGGUUUUUUGUUCCGAUUUCUUACUUGAAUCAUCCUUCAUUUGUGAAUUUACUUAGUAGAGCUGAAGAAGAGUUUGGAUUCAGCCAUCCAACAGGAGGUUUGACCAUUCCCUGCAAAGAAGAAGCCUUCAUUGAUGUCACUUCUAGAUUGCAUAUUUCAUGAAGGAUUGAGACCAUAGAGAAUAUUCUCUCAAUUUUGUUUAUAGAAGAUAAAAGUGAAUACCACUGUAAAUGGAAACUUUGACACACAUGAGUUGCAAUGAAGUUAAAUUCUUUGUCCACAAAAAACUUGUGUUUCUUUGCCUUGUGUU